AUGGAUCAACAACCUGUUCGCCACACAUUGGGAAACGCGUCGAUGCAAGUGUCUGGACCAUCUAACCCAGCUACAGCGAAUGUCGGGGACGGAUAUUUCGGCCUAGGCACUAUGGUUCAUGAAACCAUCAACUCCUCUCUACGAGACUUUGAGAUGUGGGGGUGGGACCCUGAGCUUUCCCUGCAAGAUGUUCACGACAUUGUUGAGGACUUCUAUGGACCAUCAGAGAAGAGAGAACCAGCAAUCGACCACGGCGAGGAUCGACCUGAGAAGAAGAAUUCAACAAACGAGGAGAAUGAAUCCAUGUCGAAGGCUUCAGCAGAGGAUGACUUCAUGAACUGGUGGAAUAACAAUGACGAUGAAAGCGACGCAACUGUCACCGGUCUUGAGCCGACCUCGGCUUCACCUGAUUCACAGACAGUUCACGACAGCCCACCAACAUUCGCCCACGACGUGAUGGCUGUAGAUUCAGAAGACGAAUCGGGUAAUGGCAACCUACAAAUGCCGCCAGUUCUGCUCAAUCCUGGGGCUUCACCGGAGUCACAGACAGUUCACGACAGCCCACCAGCAUUCGCCCAGGACGUGAUGGCUGUUGAUUCAGAAGACGAAUCGGGUGAUGGAAACCUUCAAAUGCCACCAAUUCUGCUCAACCCCGGAGAGUUUGAGCAUUCCAAUCUCUGCAACCAAACCCCUUCACGAGCUCUUACACUAGGCUCUGGAGAAUUCCAGCAUUCUCAUCUCUACGAUCAGAACCCUUCACGAGCUCCUCCACUAGGCUCAGCGGAAUUCGAACUCUCUCGUCUCUACAACCGGAGCCCUUCACGAGCUCCUGCACUAGACGCCACGAACAUGAACGAAGCUGGUCCACACGGACAUGGGCAGCAAGUUUCUCAGCAAGCUUCCGAGCAAGGCUCUUGGGCCGACAACCUCAACGCAGCAUUCCCAGGCCUGCAUCUUGGUCUCCCUCAGGAAUACUUUCAUCUUAUCCCGGAGUUGCAGGUCGUCUUGUGCACCGCCUGCCACGUUGCGUGCCCGAACACGCAUCGCCAUAUCGAGCAGCAUCUCCUCAAUUGCCAUGCCCUUCCACACGUCCGCCACAUCCUCACAGCAUGCCUGGGGCUCUUCCCGGCUAGCUUACCGGAAGACGACAGCGUCGCGGGCAUGAUGGAUCGGAUCAGGGACCAGCUCAAGAGCGAACCAACCGAAAUCAGCCCGAUUCCAUUCCUCGAGGCCAGCGAGGCCUACGUGUGCCCACGCGAUCACUGCAACUAUGUUGACCACGACAGCCGGAGAGUUCUGAUGCACUGUCGAAACACCCACAGUCUGAAGGGAUCCGUCAGAUACAUGGCGCGAGUUCAGGCUUACUCUCUGCACGUGAGCAGAAUCAACAAGGUCAGCGUUCGGGCUCGCGAGUAG